AUGUUGGUUUUGUUGGUGAUAAUGUUCAGUUUAGCCGUUGAAUGUAAAGGAAAUCAGUGUUUUAGAAUGGACACUCUGCCAGAUAUGUAUCGUGGUAUGAAGGUAAAUGAUACUGUUCAACCAUUCUUGUUCAGUACGGCAGCUGGUCCAAUAGACUGUGCCCGAAGAUGCAAACUCUAUUCUUUGUGUUCGUGCGUAAAUUUCCAUAUACCAACAUCAGGCUGUGAGCUUUUAGCUUGGAAUUUUGAUGCUGGAGCCUUCGUUUCGAACACGCAAUACCUAACCAUUGAUGUGCGUACAUGGACGGAUCGUAUCUCAGGAGUGUGCGAACAUCACAAAUGUCCCAAUGAUACGGUUUGUAAGCCUGAUAAUGCUAACUAUUACUGUGAACCUGUCGGUUGCAUUGGAUUACCACCAGUGGCUGAUAUAAACAUGACCUCAUUCACCGUCAAGGCUUUGUGGGCCUUCGGAGACAUUGUAGAAUAUGCUUGUCUAAGAGGGUUUUUUCCUAAAUCCAAUGCAACGUGUCUGGCAAGUGGAAAAUGGAGCAACUUCACGUGCUACUAUCUCAAACUAUGUGGUGAAACCGGAAAUUGUGAGCCAAGGAAAACAACCGACUAUUGGCUGUAUUCCACACUGCUUCAUGAUUAUUACAAGAUCUUCUGCCGAGCAACUCCAGCAAAAGGACCAUUUCUCUCGCUGAAUGAAACCAACAUGGCGUCUUUUCCCGCCUUUACAAGAUACCAAAACUCCUGUGAACCAAUCGAAGCCACCAUACAGGAUCCAGAUAUGGGUAUAGCCGAAUUUUCUAAAAUCAGAUUGGUACCAAAUAAACCUAUCAUUGAUAAGGAAAAAAUCUUUGAUCAUUAUGUGAAUUAUACGCAAAAGAUUCAGAAAUUUGGACUGGCUGGCGACUGCUAUGCUGGAAACGACAGCAGUGAAUGCGGAGUGAUUGGUCGCUUCCUCAUCAACACUCGAGGAACUGGAUUAAGAGUUAAACCAAGCGUUCAGUGGAAGACAUGGGGCGUCAACGGAGUCAUUAUGAAUAUUACUAGAUCUGAUGAUGGUCACAUGAUUGAGGGGUUCUGUGGGGGUAAUUGUGGUGGGUGUGAACCGGAUGGAGAUAUUCUUCUAGAAAUUGACCUUCUUGAUACCCCUCUAUUUGAAUCAGCCGAGUUUCUCAUCUGUAAAUUCCCUCUGUAG